CUAAGAGGGGACGUCCCCUCCAAGACGAAGUAUCAGAGCUUAAAGAGGUGAAAUUUGAUUUAUGACCUUGUCUGAAACCUAUGCAUAUGCAUAUGGCCAAAAUGGUCAGAGGUGCAUUAAGCAAUAAGCACCAUUUAAUAAGAAAAACAAAAUGAAGUUCGUGCAUGAUAUUAGUCAAUCCUGUAAACUUGAAGGAUUGAAUUGGCAUACCCUUGAAACAUUGUGAAUUACAAAGGAAAAUUUCAACAGAUCCCCUUCGGGCUCACUGUAACACUGUUUAGUGCUGUUCCCGAGUGUUGUACUGUUGUUCAUCGUACUCGACCGAUCAGAGAACUCAUGGGCUGUUGAUUUCGGCUAAGUGGUAGCGACUCUUUCUUCCUUAGGGAGCGGCAACGGCGGGAAACUGCGAUUGGAGGCAGCUACGAUUGAUCUAGAAAACCCCGAUAACUGCUCUUUUCGCUCAUAAAUCUCCGCUGAAAUUUAGGGUUCUUGGCCGCGGCUAACCAUUGAGUAUGUGGAGGUCCGUAGCCGCCAAAUCCAGCCGGGUUACUCAAAUACUCGACAAGGUACUACUCCGACCUUCAUCUCAUUCGUCCCCGCAUCAUCACUUCAGAUUUCUGCCCAUUUCUUCCUCCGCCCCCCCUACCCUAGAAGAGACACCGCCACCGUCGCACUCUGCGGCGGAUGGCUUCGAGUUCCCCUCUGCUCCCGUUCACCAUGAUUUCGUUGAGAGUGGUGACAUCGAGUGGUUAGGGGAUGCCGAAACGGCCGUUGGUAUUGAGGAGGAGUUGAACGAAGCUGAUAAUUUCAGCCCUGAAACUGCUGUUGAUGAAUUGCCGACAGAAGAGCGUGUCUACGAGAUUGAUUCAGAGAAGUUGGAGAGCGUGCUGUCUCUGCUGCAGAGCAGUGCUGAUGGAUCUCUUGAGUCGACGCUUAAUGGGUUGGAGUUGGAUUUACACGAAGAGUUAGUGUUGAGAGUGCUCGAGACGCCGAACCUUUUGGGCGAAAAUCUUAUUAGGUUUUUCAACUGGGCUAGAAGCAAGCAGGUUGGUUCAGUCGUGGUGACUUCCCACCUGGCUGAGGCACUUGUUCGGGCGAUAUGUGGUGGUUGUCACAUGAGGAAGAAAGACGCAUAUGCACUGUGGGAUCUGAUUGUGGAGAUUGGUGAUAAUCAUAAUAGUGGGGAAGCAGGCACAAUGUUGAAUGCACAGAUUAUUAACCCGUUGAUUUCCCUGUUAUCCAAGUUGGGUAAAGGCAAGGCGGCUUACGAUGUUUUCAUCAAGAUGGGGGAUUUUGGUUGUGUCCCUGAUUCAGAUACAUACUAUUAUACAAUUGAAGCACUCUCUAGAAGAUCGUUCUUUGAUUGGGCGUGGGAGGUUUGUGAGAAAAUGCUGAAUGUGGAAGCUCUUCCUGAGGAUCAUCAGAAGGUUGGAAAGAUCAUCGCAUGGUUCUGCAAAGCGAACAGGGCAGGAGAUGCACAUAUGGUUUAUUUGUUGGCGAAGGAAAAAAACAGGUACCCACCACGGCCGGCUACCAAUUUUUUGAUUGCUUUGCUUGCUCACAAGGAUGAGACUGUAAAGUUAGCUCUCGAGAUGUUGGAUGACUGUUCUAGGGAAUCUAGGAAAUAUGCAAUCAAACCUUUUGCCUCUGUUAUGCAUGGUUUGUGUAGAUCUAAGGAUGUUGCUGAGGCAAAAUCGUUGCUUUCUAAGAUGAUUGCUGAUGGUCCGCCUCCUGGAAAUGCUAUUUUCAAUUCGGUGAUCAAUGCUUAUUGUAAAGUUGGGGAUAUGGAUGGAGCAAUGAAGACAAUGAAGCUGAUGAAAAGCAGGGGGCUAAAACCCGAUGUCUACACUUACACUGUGGCUAUGAGUGGUUAUGUUAGAGGUGGCUGCAUGGAAGACGCUUGCAAACUACUUUCAGAGGCCAAAAAGAAGCAUACCAAGUUAAGUCCCGUAUCGUACCAUACACUUAUUCGUGGGUACUGCAAACUCGAACAAUAUGAUAAGGCCUUAGAGUUGUUGGCAGAGAUGAAGGAGUUUGGUGUUCGGGCUAGUGUAGAUGAGUACACUAAGUUGAUUCAGUCCCUUUGUUUGAAGGCCUUAGAUUGGAGAAGAGCAGAAGAGCUGUUGGAACAAAUGAAAGAGAGUGGCUUGCAUCUGAAUGGCAUUACUAAAGGCCUUAUAAGGGCGGUGAAAGAGCUAGAUGAGGAAAUAGGAUCAGAUGAAAAAGUAAGCAUUGAAGCAUAAAUGUUCCUCAGGGAUUUGUCUGUGAGCAGCAUUUUGAUAUUUCCUUCGUUAGGCUUUAGUUUUCCUUAGCAUAUCGCUUCAAAUAAAUUAGAUUGAAGGAGAAAGCUUCAAACAAUUUUGUUUCUGUGACAAUUCAUCUCUCAAUGCUUUUAGUUGUUAGGCUUCUGUCUUUACAUACUCUCUUGCUCUUUUGAUCCGUUCCCUUUAUCUCCAUUCAUUAGGGUCUACGUCCCGGUACCCAGUCCUGAUUCUGCUUGAUUACUUGGUACUCUAUGUCUGCUUAUUUUGAUGAUUGUUUCUCAGUCCUUCUCAUUUGUAGGCUAUGUACCAUUAGUUGUGUUGUUUUCUGCAGACUUUGACAUCAUUAACCUUGAAGCCUUGGCUUGAGUUUUCUGUCCAUAAUUCUUUGUUUGUUUGUUGAUGUGUGCUUGUAGUAGCUACUUUAGUCGAGGUACCAGAAAAAGAGAGCGUGAGAAGGGUGGGUGUCGAAAUUUAGUUUCCUGCUUUUGCUAGCAUGGCUGUUGUGACUUGUGAGCUUAGCUUAGCUAAUCUGACAUUGUUCCUGCUCCACAAAAUCUGUUUCUGCUGUUUUAUUUGUUUAUUUCUGUAUGAUUCUUGGCCGGGCUUCUCUCUGGUUUGUUUUUGUUAUUUAUUACGUAGCACACUGCACAUAUUCCCCAGUUCUUUUAUUCUUUCUUUUUUAAAAAUGUUUUUGAUAGUAUAUUUUCUUCUCAGCGUCGUCUAGUCUACUGCCUCUUAUUCCUAAACUAGUGGGGAAAAAACCCUAAAUUGAUCAUCUCACUCACAUAUCGGCGGUGCUGCCGUCGCUACAAUUUCCGUAACCCCAAAUUUUUUUUUUGGCAAAAUACACUUGUAUAGCCAAAAUUUUGACGAUUUUGUCAAAUAUAGCCACUUUUGACGAAAUACCAAAUAUAGCCAUUUUCAUCCAAUUCUUUGACGGCGUUACUUACGGUGCUGACUGGAUUAACGGAUAAUCCUAUAUGGCGAUUUUCGUCCGGUAAGUAUUUUCCAGGUGGAAAAAAAAAAGAUAAGGGGAACAGAUCAGCCACUCCCUCUCUCUUCCUUUUCAUUUUUCCUUUCUUUCCUCCACAGUCGACAUCUUCCCUUCGAACCCUACUCGCCCGACGCCCCCGACGAAGACAACGAACAGCCCAGGCGAUUUCCACAACGGCGGCGGUGUUCGCCGACGAGGAGCGCCCCAGCUUCCGAUCGAUCCCGGCAACGCCAAAAAACCCCUUUCCUCCUUAUACCAGAUUUUUCUCCCAUCCACUCAUCCCAUCCCAAAAACCCCUUUCCUCCGAGUCGGCGGCGAUGCUUCCAUGUGGUUAAUAACGGGUCGGCGAGCAU